AAGAGAAGUACGAGAUCCGUCGCCGAAUUCAUCCGCAAGAAGCGCCUCGGAUGGUCCCCUGAGGACUUCGAUCUCAACCUCACGCCGUUCCGAAGGCCUGAAGACGUCAAGGUUCUGCUCAACGAUUGGCCGUAUCUCAUCGACGAAAAGAUCGUUCACUUGGUGGUCUGGACGAAAUUCGCUCUACCGGAUGACACUGACACAGGGUUGCUCACGGAAAAGCCCAAGGGGGAUAUUGAAGACUACAUGAACUCGCCAUUU